AUGUCGCUUCAAAACAUCUCAAAAUCCGCCGUCCGCGUCGGCAAGAACUACAUCAAGGGCUACUCAGACGUGCAGGUCAAGGUUCGUGAUGCUACCUCCAACGAUCCUUGGGGUCCCAGUGGCACCCAGAUGAACGAGCUCGCACAGCUUUCCUACAACCAGAACGAAUUCAUCGAGAUGAUGGAGAUCCUCGACAAGCGUCUCAACGACAAGGGCAAGAACUGGCGCCACGUCUUCAAGUCGCUCACCCUGCUCGACUACCUCCUCCACGCCGGCUCCGAAAACGUCGUCAUCUACUUCCGCGACAACAUCUACAUUGUCAAGACGCUCAAAGAGUUCCAGUACAUUGACGAGAACGGCAAGGAUCAGGGCGCCAACGUCCGACAGAAGGCCAAGGACAUCACCAACCUGCUCCAGGAUGAGGCGCGUCUGCGCGACGAGCGACGUUCUCGCUCGCACAUGCGCGAUCGCAUGUCGAACGGUCCCGAUGACGAGGACGAGGAGAGGAGGAGAAGGCGUUCUGAACAGGACAGGAAUCGUCGCCGACCUAACAACAACGAGGACGAUGAGCUGCGACGUGCCAUCGAAGAGUCCAAGCGCAUGGCGCAGGAGGAGCAGGAUCGCAUCCGUGCCAAUGCCAAGGACGAGGAUGAGCUGCAGCGCGCACUCGCCCUGUCCAAAAAGGAGGAGGAGGAACGCAUCAAGGCACUCGAGGAUGCCAACAAGAACGCGCUUUUCGAUGAUUCGAUCAAUCUGGAUGGUCCCAACGCGUAUACCCAGAACCAGCAGGUGGAUUUCUUCGGCAACCCGCUCGUCGACACCUCGGGCGGCCAGAACUACGGUCUCCAGCCCCAAUACACCUCGUUCAACCCGUACCUCCAGAUGCAGCAGACAGGCUACAACCCGUUCCUCCAGAACCAGCUGCAGCAGCAGGAGCUCAUGCAGCAGCAGUACAUGCAACAGCAGCAGGCCGAGUACCAGCGUCAGAUGGAGCUCCAACAGGCUGCGGUGCAGUAUCAGAACAUGAUGACGCAGCAACAGCAGCCGUUGCAACCGCAACAGACGUCGUUUGGAUCCAACAACCCGUGGCUUCAGUCUGGCGGCCAGCAGCAGCAGCAGCAUAAUGUGCCGGUUGGCGAUCUCUUCUCGUCGGCUCCCACGCCUCCGCCUGUUCAAGCCGCGCCGCAACCCGCACCGGAACCAUCCCCGCAACCCGCCCCGCAGCAGAACAGACCUGUCCGCGCAAAGGUCACCGACGACGGCAAGUACAACGAGCUGAACCGGCUGCUGGCGCUCGGCGACGGCGUCGACACGUUCGGCAACACGGGAGAUAUGAGGAUGGGCCCCAACAUGGCCAGGUACAACCAGAUGCAGGCGCAGAAGACCGGCAUGAACUUCAAUGCCAACACCAAUGCAGGUGGUAGUCAGCAGGGUGGUGGCGCGGGUGGGGAUAACAAUCCCUUCUUCAAGGUUUGA